GGCAGGAGCACAGGCUGCAAUGCCAACUCCCUGCGUGGAGAAAGCAGCCCUCUGCCUCCUCCUCCUCCUUCUCCUUCUCCUCCUCCUCGCCCUCCUCCUCCUCCUCAGCUCCCAGCCUCCCCAGCCGGGCAUUGCACAGCGCAGCACAUGGCUUUCGGAGAGCACUGACAACUUGCAGCACCCCAGUGCUGGUGUGCGUUGGUGGAAGCUACUGGGAGGAGAGGACGGGUCACAUCCCCACGCUCCAUUUGCCUCCUCUGCCUCCCGCAGCAGCACUCUCUCGGUGCCAUGAGCCCCAUGAUGGAGCUGCUCCUGCUGGUGCUGCCCUCGCUGCUCUGCGCUGCCACAGAGCCUCUUCCCACGCCCUCCAGUGAUGGGUACGUGUGUCCCCUGGGGCAGUUUCCCUGUGGCAAUCUCUCGGUCUGCCUGCCCCAGGCCCUGCACUGCAACGGGGUGGACGACUGCAACAACGGCGCUGAUGAGGAGAACUGUGUGGACACCACGGGCUGGCUGGGGGUGCUGGGCGACAUGCUGGCUGGGAACAUCUGGACAGAGGACGAGGCAGACACGUGCUUGCUGGAGAUGUUCCCGGAGCAGUGCCGAUGCUGGGGAAGGGCCGUGGACUGCACUGCACAGAACCUCAGCGCUGUGCCCAGGCUGUCCCCCAAUGUGACACAGCUGGACCUAAAGAGAAAUAAAAUCCACACUCUGCUGGACAACCAGUUCGCUGGGUGCUGGAGCCUGAGGAAGCUAUUCUUGCAGAACAACAAGAUCCGUGUCAUCUCACCCAAGGCAUUUGCUGGACUUUCUCAGCUUAGGAUGUUGUUCCUCAGUCACAACAGGAUCUCCCAGCUGCUGCCCCGCACGUUUGAGGACCUGAAGCGUCUUGAGUGGCUGAUACUGGACAACAACAGGAUUGCUCGGAUCACCCCUGCUACGUUCUCAGGGCUGAGGUCGCUGUACUUCCUGUACAUGCUGAACAACUCCCUGGCCAAGAUACCCGAUGGUUCCCUCUGCGUGGAGACACCAAAGCUGAGCUGGCUGGAGCUGGAAGGGAACAGGAUCCAGGCAGUGCGUGGGGCCGUAUUCCAGCAGUGCCGUGAGCUCACUGUGCUGAUCCUGCGUAGGAACAGACUCCGGUGGAUCCAGAGUGGGGCGUUCUCUGGGCUGAGCAGGCUGGUGGAGCUUGACCUGUCCUGCAAUGGGUUGGAUGAGCUCCCACCAUCUCUGUUCCACAGCCUGGCUGCCCUGCAGCAGCUGAACAUCUCCUACAAUCCUCUGAAAGAGAUUUGCCCCAGCCAGUUUGAGAGCCUGCCCCAGCUGCUGUCCCUGAGCCUGGAGGGGCUGGAGAUCCCCAACAUCCACAAUGUGACCUUCCGUGGGCUGUCCAACCUCUCCCACAUCUACUUCAAGAAGUUCCAGUACUGCAGCUCCGCGCCCCACGUGCGCAGCUGCAAACCCAACACCGACGGCAUCUCCUCCUUCGAGCACCUGCUGGCCAACAUCAUCCUGCGUGUCUUCGUCUGGGUCAUCGCCUGCGUCACCUGCCUGGGCAACCUCUGCGUCAUCUGCAUGCGGUCCUGCGUGGUCACAGAGAGCAGCGCGCACACCAUGGCCAUCAAAUCCCUGUGCUGUGCGGACGGCCUGAUGGGCAUCUAUCUUUUUGUCAUUGGUGCCUUUGACCUGAAGUACGCGGGAGAAUACAACCGGCACGCGCAGGGCUGGAUGGCCAGCGUGCCGUGCCAGCUGGUGGGCAGCCUGGCCAUGCUGUCCUCUGAGGUGUCCGUGCUGCUGCUCACCUACAUGACCCUGGAGAAAUACUUCUCCAUCGUGUUCCCCUUCAGCUACCGCAGAGCCAGCAGGAAGCAGACAGCCUCAGUGCUGGCUGCCAUCUGGCUGCUGGGCCUCUCGCUCAGCGUCGUGCCGCUGUGCUGCAAGGAGUCCUUUGGCAACUACUAUGGGAGGAACGGGGUGUGCUUCCCGCUGCAGUCUGAGCUGGGUGAGCGGCCCAGUGCCAGGGGCUUCUCCACCACCAUCUACCUGGGCUUGAACCUUGCAGCUUUCAUCACCAUUGUCUUUGCCUACACUGGCAUGUUCUACUCGAUCCGCAUCACCACCUGCAGAACAGCGGAGAGCAGCGUCUGCCCCCGGGAAGUGGCCAUCGCCAAGCGCUUCUUCUUCAUCGUCUUCACUGAUGCUCUCUGCUGGAUCCCCAUCUUCCUGCUCAAGCUGCUCUCCCUGCUGCAGGUGGAAAUUCCAGGCACCGUCACAUCCUGGGUGGUCAUCUUCAUCCUGCCCAUCAACAGCGCACUCAACCCCAUCCUCUACACCAUCACCACGGCUCCCUUCCAGGAGAAGGUGAAGGGCUGUCUGCACGCCCGGCGCCCAGAGCUGAGCUCCCGGCAGAGCUUCAUGCUGGUGGUGCUAUAGGCAACCCCUGACCCCGCCUGGCACCACCAGCACACCGAGCAUCCGCUGCACGGCUCAGCCCUGCGGGCAUCUUCACAGCUGCUCUCAGGU